GAGAUAGAGAGAGAGAGAGAGAGAGAGAGAGAGCGAAAUUACGAAGAGUCGGAAGAGUACUCGCAAUGGCGUGCGACGAGGUGGUGGUACUAGUUGGAGACGAAGGGAAGAGGCGAACGACGACGACGACGACGACGACGACGACGCCCCUGGAAACCCUAGCGAGCGACGCGUUGCUCUUCGCCACCAUGUGCGUCGUCGGCCUCCCCGUCGAGGUCCAGGUCAGGGACGGGUCCCUCUUCUCCGGCGUCUUCCACACCGCCUCCCUCGACAAGGGCUUCGGGGUUGUUUUGAAGAAAGCGAGGAAGAUUGGGAGAGGAAAGUAUGAUUCAAAUGUAGCUCUAGGAGAUUUUGUGGAUACUCUUGUUGUAAAAUCUGGAGACCUUGUUCAAGUGGUAGUGAAGGAGUUUCUUCUUCCAGCUGAAGGAAUUGGUGCUAAUAUAUCAGGUGGUGGUGUGGAGGCUACUGCUGGAAUUGCUGCGACCCAAAAUUGUGAUGAGGAUGUAAAACUAGGGGCAAAAUCUUUUACAUCAGAUGCUGUUUCCUCUGCAGGGAAACUGGACCAGAAUGAACGAUUGAUUAUAACUGAGGAUGCUAAAGUCGGCGAGGAACUUGGAGUUCCUGGGAGGCAAUCUGAAAGCAUGGAUCAGAUGAGAAAUGAUAUACAAGAUAGGAAGUGCUUGGAAAAGGCUGAAGUGCCAUCUAGUGUGUCAAAUAAUGCCGUUAUGGGGAGACAGGUUGGGAAAUACAAUACAAAGGAGGAGUCUGACCACAUCUAUGAGAUGGGGCAUGAAGUUUAUCAUUUGAAACCUAGUUCGAAUAUGAACAGAGAAAAGUCAGAUGGCCCUGCAAAUUUGGCCACCAAAUCAUCUGAGGCGUCGAACCCCAAAAAGAAUCUACUUGGGAAAUUUGGUGCAAAGGAGUCAAAGCUCAACCCUAAUGCAGAAGUUUUCUCCCCAUCAUAUUCUAACUCUAAGUCGGCAGCUGCAGCUGUUCCAAUUGUUCUGAACCAAACUUAUAUCUCCAAUAGUGUUCCUGCAAUGCCUAAUGGUUAUUUGCCAUCAGCAUUUGAAGUUAACCAUUUCCCAAGCCGAAAAAUGGUGCCUUAUAAUAACCUGGUACCUGGAAACAGCGCCAUUGGUACUCACUUUGCUCGACCAGUUGCGGGGCAUGCGGCUGGCAUGCUAGAGCCAGUCAGAGUAGGGGCUCGAUAUCAAACUGUUCAAGUGGGACCCACAUAUAUAAAUCCAAAUCCUCAACCCGAGAUGGCUGCGCGAGUUGGUCAAUUUGUUUAUAUGCAUCCUGUUUCUCCGGAUGCGAUUCAAGGAAAUGUUAUCUCACAAGGAUUACCCCCUCCUAUGUUGAAUCCAUAUCAACUAAGUAUGCAAAAGCUUCAAGGUACCGUGCCUCCAUUGUGUGUGACCCCACCUCUUCUAAAUGGCGGAAACCAGCAUCUGAUGGUGCCGAGCCGCAUGCCUUUCUCGCAGCCCUUCCCAGCAAUCCGGCCUAUCGUAGUUCCCAACGGAAAUGGCAUUUUUACUGGGUAGUUCCAAUGAAAUUAAUAAGAAAGAAUCUUGGUUUCUUCUUUCAUCAUGCAGUUUUUGUCGCGCAUGCAUGCAUCUUUUUGCCAUUGGAGUAGUAUAUAAUGGUUGAGGUUGUUAUUCUUUUGAAAACUGCGAGAACAAGUUAUUGUCAGAUCCAAAGAGAGUAGAAAAAUCUCUUCGAUUUACUUCUCUUUUCCUAUUCCCUGCUGUUCCUCCUAUUGUCAAAGGCGUUCAUUGUACAUCACAUCUGCGACAGACGAAAUAAAAUUAGUGAGCUUUGCUGGUUUUCCUAUUGUUA